AAUAAAACGCCGUAAUUAGCUCCGACUCACCGUCUCAGUCUCCUCACUCUCAAUACAGAAAAUCUAGGGUUUCAAAUCACAAUGUCAAUUUCAUCUUCCACCCUCUAAAACUCUAAAGAUUGAUGAUCUAUGAAAGGAAGGAGGCUCGAUAAGGCGUAAUUGUGUGUUAAAUAAAAGCUUUAGAUUCUUCUAACCAAAAUCUGCAUAUAUUGUGCUAACUGCCGAAAAUGAACCCGGUGAACCAAGAAGUAAGACCUGAUGCAUCACUAAUUAUUCCUGAAAAGCGCAAACGUGGCCGCCCACGAAAGGAUCCAAGUGAAAGACGAGCGGCAAAAGCUCGUUCCCAAGCUGCUCGGAUGCCUCCUGGUUUUGUCCAGAUGAAUAGCACCACUCCUCGAGUUGACCCAAUCAAUGAUCCAAAUGAAGUUAUGAUCGGACAGUCUGUUACUGGUGUUGUCGAGGCCACUUUUGAUGCUGGUUACCUGCUUGCUGUUAGGAUUGGGAACUCAAAUAUCACAUUAAGGGGGGCUGUCUUCAAACCAGGGCAUACCACCCCUGUGACAGCAGAAAAUGAUGUGGCACCUCAUGUUGAAAUGAUCAAAAGAAGUGAAGUUCCAUUUCCAGAAUUCCAUACUCCUGUUCGUAGGCGCAAACGACGAUCAAAGGAGAAGAAUAUGCAGCUUGUUACUUAUGUUGGGAAUGGAUCACCUCUGGGAGAUGCGGUGAUGACAAAUUCACCGUCUAAAGGGAACUAUGUUAUAGCUCCCUCCGUCCCUCCAGUUGGUGCUAGAGGAACUGUCGUGCCUGUUGUUCUUCAACCAAUUAACCUAUCAAAUGGAUUAUCAACCAAUCAACCUGCUCCUCAUUUGAGGGCCACACAAGGCAAGCCUGUGCACACAGUUCUUCCCUUGGCAGUUUACCCACCGAAUGGAUCAACAAGCCAAGCAUCGGAGUCUCAAACUAGCUCCCAAUUUACACCCACAGGAUCCGGAAACGAAAAUGCUUCUUUCAAACAAGGCAUGCCAGACGCUCAACAGGUGGAAGGGGUUAAGCCAACAAAAUCAAGUGAUGUGCAACUGCAAGGUGGUGGCUUGUUUGCCAAUCAAGUCAAAACAGAAUCAGAUAUUGCUGACAUGAACGAGCCUCUUUUUGUUGAACCCCUGCAAACUCGACAUGUAGUUCACCAUUUCCAACCUGCACCAGUAUUAGGACCUGUUAUGCAUAGUGGAACCGGGCGAAUGACAGAGCUUUUGCAGGCUGUUCAGCAGAAUUUGGGUGAUGACCAGGUUCCUCGAAAUGGACAUCCAACUGCAGGUUUUAAUGUGGGUCGUAACAGAGAUGAAGAAACCGAUCAUCAUCAUCAUCAGGCAUAUUCUCAGGCAGGAAGGAUGUAAGUUCAGUCAGCCUUUGGUCUCUUCGGCGAGUAUCAUACCUUCCAAAUGCUAUGGAGCCGAAAACGUUGGAUGUUGUUUUAUUUAACAGUGCAACAAAACAGCUAGUGUAGGAUAGACUGCCUGCAGUUUCUUUGUCGUUUCAUAGAAAAAAGCUACCUUGAUUAUGUUUUCAAAAAGAAAAAAAACCCGGCUUGCUAACUUCGUUUAAACUCUGGUAAAAAGUCGAAAUCCCGUAAGUAGUCAUGUAUGAAAUGGAAGAUGGUUUUGUUUCGUGUUC